CCACCUGCCAGAUUCCAGGAAGUGGGUGGGCCUGAAGGAGCUCAGCCCUCUUGUAAGUUUCUGUUUCUCUUACCAGCCAUGGCCGCUGUUCACCCCGGGAAAGCUCUGGAAGAUGACCUGGCCUGUCCCAUCUGCUUGGAUUCCUUCCAAGACCCCAUACUCUUGAACUGUGGGCACAAUUUCUGCCAGGCCUGCAUCACCCGGGUCUGGGACGGACUGGAAGAAAACUUUUCCUGUCCCAAGUGCGGGAAGAGAUUCCGGGAGAGGCAUUUGCACCCAAACCCCCUGCUGGGGAAGGUGGUGGAGAGAGCCAGGCAGCUGGGGUGGGGGGCAGAGGGCAGCAUGUGCCAGAAGCACAAGGAGAGGCUCAUUCUGUUCUGCAAGGAGGAUCAGGCCCUGAUCUGCGUGGUGUGUGACAGAUCCAAGGAGCACCGAGCUCACAGGGUGGUUCCCGUCGAGGAGGCUGCCCAGGAGUACAAGGGCCAAUUUCAAAGGCACCUGCAGAUUCUGAAAAAUGAGAGCACCAGCCAGGAGGCCUUCACCGUCAGCGAAGGGAGGAGGCUGGAGACGCUGCUGGCUCACACCAAGGCCGAGAAGCAGCGAGUGGUGUCCACCUUCCAGCAUCUGUAUCGGCGGCUGCAGGAAAAGGAGCGCCUCCUGCUGAAGGGGCUGGGUAACGUGGCCCAGGGUGUGAAACAGCUGCGGCAGGAGAACAUCAGCCGGCUCCACCAGAGGGCGACUCUGCUGCAUGGACUGGUAGCCGAGCUAGAGGGGAAGUGCCGGAUGCCGGAUGCUGAGCUCCUCAAGGACGCCGAAAGCACCUUGAACAAGUAUAAAAAGAUGACGCUGCCCGAAUUGGCGUCUGCGCCCAUGGCUGAACUGGAGGAGAGCCUCAGGCAUCACUCCCGCAAGAGGAGAGCUCUCCAGGAUGAGAUGUGGGAGAGCCAGG